UCCUUUGAUAGCAUCGAGGAAGCAGUUCAACUCAUUAGGGAUCUGUCCAAGUUACUGCUCGUGGGAGGGUUUGAGUUGACCAAAUGGAUGUUCAACAGUCGUCAUGCAAUCAAUUGCGUCCAAAAUGAUGAGCGGGCGCCGAGUCUCCGUGAAUUGCAGGGGAGCCCGUUACCAANUGAUAUCGAGGAGAUGUUCAUGCAGGUCAAAGUCCCCGAAGGGCAAAGGGGCACUAUAUGGUUGUGGUGGUGGCCGGAUGGAGACCUAGACGGACCUGCCCAAGGGUAUCGGAUGACGGUGCACCCGUUUGGCGCAAUAUCUUCUCCCUUCUGUGCAAACUUCGCGUUAAAAACGACCGUGAACAAAUUUGCUCAGCACUUUGAAACCCCGGUGGGCUCGUGUGUUGAACAUAAUUUUUAUGUGGACGACUUCCUGGGAUCCUUUGAUAGCAUCGAGGAAGCAUUUCGACACAUUAGGGAUUUAUCUAAGCUACUGCUCAUGGGAGGGUUCAAGUUGAACAAGUGGAUGUCCAACAGUCGUCAUGCAAUCGACUGCAUCUCAGUUGAUGAGCGGGCGCCGAGUCUCCGUGAAAUGCAGGGGAGUCCGUUAACAACAGAGAGAACACUUGGUGUGCAAUGGGACUCGGAGAAAGACGAAUUCUUGUUCCAACUGCAACUAACUGAGACGACAGCGACUCGCAGAGGAAUUCUGUCUUCGUUGGCCAGCCAUUACGAUCCAAUGGGGUUCGUCGCACCGUGGCUACUGUCAGGCAAGAUUCUGCUGCAAACCCUGUGUAGAAAAAAAGUUGCUUGUGAUGAGACCCUAUGCGAAGCGGAUCACAAAACCUGGCAACGCUGGUGGCUGAGCCUAUCCAAGCUGGGCGAUAUACGACUUUCACAAAAGAGCAAACACAAUCAGUUGUUCAUAUCUUCGAACAAAAACCAAGAAAACGAUCACAGGUAUCGUGAUCGAGUUCAGCCAGAGCGCAACAGUGUGACACCGUCUUGCUCAGGCAAAUAUAAUCAAGAGAUAAAAUGUGACAUAAUGCCUGGUGGCCUAAAAAUAGAUGAGAAACUGCGAAUGCGUACCACAUUCAAUCCCACGCGUCUGAAUAUUGAGAAUGUACCACAAAUCUCCUCUUCCAAAAAGGACAAGAAUAUAGGAUUCGCCCGACUAGUCACCAGCAGUUCCGACACAAGCUUCGUCGACAUAACCACGGAUGAACCAACCAUAGGCGGGACCCUCGACCAAAAGAAGACCAAAGGCCCAAUCAAUGUGCCCACCAUUCGACUAAUAGCUGGGAUGAAAGGGAUACUUGGUAUUCCACCACCUAAGGCAAUCCCCUCAACUCCUACCCCGGCCCACCCCAAAUCUUAUUUCUCCAAAGCUAAAAACCUAAGAAACAAUAUUUCUGCGCCAAAACCCGAAAUGUUGGCAAGCGUCGCCAGGUUGUUCCCAGAGCGAACGCCAGGACAGGACUGUAAGAAAAGCAACACGCGCCAACUCCCUUUUCUGUCCCCAGUAGACCUCUCUCGCCCACCAGACAGAGUGAAACCCCGAAAAUCUGGCAAGUUAAUCUCGCCAGCACGCAACAUGGAUACCAAACACAUGGUACUAUUCUCCAAGAAGCUCUCACGGGUACCACGACCCCUCUAG